AUGACAUAACUAAUGGAUGGAGGCGGUUCUACAUUUGAUCUCACAGCACCAGUAUCAUUGGUGUAACCGAAAAUAAAUGUUUCGAAACAACCAGAGCAAACAAUCAACAAAGGAUAGAAGGAAUUACAGCCACAAAAGACUUAAACAUCUAAUUCAAAACUGCCGUAAUUGGGGAACAAUCAGAAUGCUUCUAAAAGUGUGAAUCAAAAGUCGUCGUAGCCAGGACAUCAGCAAUCUCCGAAGUCCCUUUCGAAAGUAAAAAAGAUUGAAUUGUUCCGAGAUGCAUUGCAACAGGCAACUACUAAAUUACUACCACCUGGGAAAAAGGAUAAGGAUAAGACACAGAAACCCAAACCUCUGCAGGAAUCUCAGUAGUAACAGAUUGAGGAGAUAAAGAAGGAGUAUGAGGAUUUAGUGUAAAAUCAUUAUAAAGAUUUAUAUGCUCACAUUGGAAAUGAAACAAUAAAAAAAAUCGUUACAGCUUUACAAAAUUUGGAAUCAAGGCCAAAAAUCUAAGGAGCUUUGGAAAGAAAGGAGGAAUAAUUGAAUAAAUAGCGAUUGUAUAAGGAUAGGUUGCUGUAUGAAAUCAAGCAGAUGAUAAUUAAGAGUCGAAGGAUGGAUGAGUUAUUGAACGAUUUGGCGAUUCAAAAUGAUGACACUGAAGUCAAAGAAUCAAUUGAGGAAUUAAUGCAGAAGGAAUAAAUGCAAGAGGAGAAGAUGGCCAAGCAAGCCUAUGAAAUUGCUAAACUCAGGGAUAUGUUUGGAAAGCGAAGAAAAUUGCUAUUGGAAGUCCAAAAACAAUGUUAAAUCACCUAUGAUGGAUUGAAAAUCAAAUACCAAUAAUAUGAGGCUUCUUCGUAGAGUAUGAUGAGUCGCAAGAAGCAAUUGGAGUCUUUGUCAAAGAUUGUUUCAAAAUAUAGAAAUGAAUUUCAAAAUUAACAGAACUUUUUUGGUGCAAGUCUUAAAAGAGGGUUUGAUCCCAUGCUUGAAGAGAUUUUAGAAGAUGAAUUAUCAAAAUGUGGUGAUCUAUAAGCAUUGGAAAUUGUGUAAUAGGGGGAGAAGAAGAUCAUUGCCAUCAAGGAGGAGAAUGAAAAGAAGAAGAAGGGUGAAUAAAAGGAUAAGGCUAAAUUGGCUAUUGAGAAUGCCACUCAAAAUAUCAAUAAAUAAAAAAAUGAUAUUCAAUAGGAAUUGGAAAAGAAAAAAUAAAUGUUUCAAAAAUUGAGAGUAGUCACCAGCAUUGCUAGUUAGGAAGACAUGCAGAAGUACAAACUCAAUAUGGAUUUAGAUUAGCAGGAAUUGAAAAACAUCUAAGAAUAUGUAGGCAAGGAAAUCGAAAGAUAUGAAAGACAAAAUGAGGAAUUAAGGGCUGAAAUCAAAAAAUUGAAAUAUGAAUAGGAGAAUUCUAUUUUGGAUGCCUAAAUCAAUUUGGAUGAAUAAGAAAGAGAAGUCACCAAAUAAUAGGAUCUACUCUAAGAAAAGGAGAAGUCAGUCAAAAAGGUUGAAAAGUCUAUUGAUGAAGUCACCAUGUCAUUGUCAAGAAUCAUGUAUCAAUUGAGUGGCAAGGGACUGAAACCCAAGAAUAUCGAAAUUAAGAGACAUGCUUUGGUUGCUACUGCAUCCACCAUUCAACUGAGACUUGAGAGAAUGCUCACUGUCUUGUCCAAAACUUAGGAAUUUCUUAAUGAAGAGUCCAUUAAUACUAAUCCCAGAUAUAACAAAGUUGAAGAUUUUAUUUGUCUCAAUCCAAAGAGUUACAUCUCUCAAGAAAUCAAUGAGAAUGGCGAAACGAACAUCAAAUUUGUAUAUAAGGAGGAGGACAGUUCAGAUGAAGAUUGCAAAGAUAUGGAUGAAGUCAGACAACAAGUCAAAUCAAGAGCUUAAGAAGACAAACCUUCAGUAGUAGUCCCACCCAAAAAGGAUAAAAAACCUAAAUGA